GCAAGGAAACGAAACAUCGAAUCAGCAUCGUGUGCGAGAUUUCGAGGUUACCAGAAGCGAACGGGUCUGUGCCGUUAAACGCCUCCAGGCCACAUUCCCAACCACACGUCCGCACACCUUCUACACUUCUUCCAUACAGGCAUUUGGCAACACCAGAUUCGACACUUGAUGGUAAAUCAUCUCUUCUCUCAGGUUUCAAACCCCGGCGGGCACAGUCCACUCUCGACCCUAUUUGCCCGAGUUUUACGACGACGAUCUAGACAUCCCAUUUCCCACACCGAGCAUCCAUGUAUCCAACAUCUAGCCCGUCCGUCUCUAGGUAUCUCAUUUUCAUCUCAUCAUUGUGAUAACCCUAGCAAGUGCUCUGUCUUUACAAAGAACGUCCCCGCUCCGUUACUCAGCACAGGGUACCAUCAAGUCCGUCACAUAUCAUUUGGGUUUCAGCUUAUGCCGAGUCUCCCGCAACCCGCCCCGCCUUCUGUCAGCCCAUGCCGUGCCGCCAAAGUACCGCAGCCACCCAUUCUUUAACGAGCAACGAUCCCGAGGAGGAGAACGCUCUAUGUACACCAUUACAUAUACGAACAACGCCACUCGAUGCAAGAGCAGAUUAAAAUGAGAUGUGAGGAUGUGUUUCAGGUGGGACAACAAAAAAACCAACAUUUUGGGGUCAUCUGAUG